GGGGUGCUUCUGCAGAGUCAGCGAUGGUCAGGAGACAGAGCUCUGUGUAGGCAGGGCCCACACAGAAGCAUAUAAGUUUGGGGUGGUCCACUUGACUUCUCAUCACUGGUCAUAGGACCCUUAGUGGGGGACACAGCGUGGGGGGAUGAAGGACGCUGAGAUGAGACGUGAUGAGGUUCUCUUCAAUACUGACAGCCAGAGUGUCUCCCUGCAACCCCGAGGUCCGGAGUCCGAGGUGGCAACUCCCACAAACUUCCAGAGACAGACGCUUGUUCAGGCUACCCUGGUAUUUAUGGUAAUAACCAUCAUCUCUCUUGUGGCUCUCUUUGUUAUGGGUUUUCAGAAGCCAAGACAUGCACCAGCAGCACAAACCUCCCAGGAGUUUCCAAGAGACAACAGCAUUGAAGCUCUUAAACCGAACUAUUCCUACUACUCACAAUGGCAAGACACUAUCCAGAAGCUUAAGGACCAGAGUUCUACCAACUGUGGCCUGGAGAUCCAGAUGUUGACAUGCAGAGUAGAUAACAUAAAUUCUCAGAUCCAGCUGCUUAGUGGUCAUUUGGAGAACACCAGUGCUGACAUCCAGGUGGUAAAAGGCAUUAUAACAAAUGCCAAUAAUACCUUGAGUUCCCAAACUCAGCUAUUAAGGAGUUCCUUAGAGGGGGCCACUAUUGAGAUCCAGAAGCUCAAGAGAGGUCUGGAUAAGGCACAUGCAUUAAAUUUCCAGACUCAGAGUCUCCUAAAAAACAGUUCAGAAAACAACAGUGCUGAACUCCACAAGUUAAACAGAAGCUUGGAAAAUGCCAACACUGAAAUUCAGGCAUUGAAGGUAGGGCUGGAAAUGGCAAAUGCUCAGUCCCAGGAGACAAACAGUAGUUUAAAGAGUGCUAAUGCAUUGAUACAUGUUUUGAAAGGCAAUUUGAGUCAUGUCAAUGAUCUCAUGACCCAGAGUCAGGUUUUAAGAAGUAGUUUGGAAGGAGCCAAUGCUGAGAUUCAGAGGAUAAAGGGCAAUUUACAAAAUGCAAAUGCUUUGAACUCCCAGACUCAGUCCUUUAUCAGAGGAGGUUUAGAUAACACCAGUGCUGAGAUCCAGUUACUAAAGGGUCAUUUGGAAAGGGCUAGAGCUGAGAGUCACUUACUCAAAAACGAUUUAGAAAAAGUCACUACCCAGACCCAACAAACAAACAGCCACCUAGAGCAGACAGAUGCUCAGCUCCAAGUAUUAAAAAGAGAAAUGAAAAACAUAGAUGCCUUAAAUUCCCAGAACCAAGUGUUAAUUGGUCAGUUAAAAAAUGCCCAUGUGGAGAUACAAACCCUGAAACAAGGAAUGAAGGCUACUGAGGCCUUGGAUUCUAAGACCCAGAUAUUAGAGAGAGACCUGAAGAAGGCCAAUGUGGAGAUCCAGAGAUUAAAAGGGAAUUUAGCAAACACCACAGCUCUAGCCAUGAAAAUACAGGAGACUCAGAGUGGCCUGGAGACCCUCCGUGCGACCUUUGCUUCACAGGAGCAGCUGCAGAGCACACAGGAUCAACUUCUCCAGCUGCUCCUGCAAGGCUGGAUGGCCUACAGUGGCAACUUGUAUUACUUCUCUGAUACCAAGAAGUCCUGGAAUGAGGCCGAGAAGUUCUGCGUAUCCAACAAAGCCCACCUGACCUCGAUGACCUCAGUGGAAGAGCAGAAUUUUCUGACAAAGUAUACAAAAAACUCAUUCUACUGGAUUGGCCUCACUGACAGUGGCACUGAAGGCUCUUGGCGCUGGACAGAUGGGACACCAUUCAAUGCUGCCCAGAACAAAAAGUUUUGGUCCAAAAAUCAGCCGGACAAUUGGAGAAAUAAGGAUGGGAAGUUUGAAGAUUGUGUCCACAUGCAACAGGAAUGGAAUGACAUAAAUUGUGACAAUCUUUAUCAGUGGAUCUGUAAGAAGCCUUCUGGCCAGCAUGUCACAGUUGAGGGAUGAGAGGCCAAUACCACCACCACCAGCUGGGAAGACUGCUGUGUGGGCCUCUGAGCUCACUUGUUCUCUGGAGCUUUCCAUCUGGUCUUUUAUAUUUCCUGUCCCAUCUUUUUAUUUAACUUUUCAAAUGUGUCUACAUCAUGUGACCAAGCACCAUCAACCUAAAGCUUUGCCUUGCCUCAUACUCUGUGUUCUCUUCAGAGAUCAGCAGAAGCCUGUCAGCUGUGGAGUCUUAAUAAAUUACUCACUGAUGACCGUCA